AUGAGUUCGCAGGAAUCGGAUUUGAGUUUGGCUUUUAGCGCAGUCAACUUAAAUGUGCGUUCCUCAACGACAGCAUCGCAGCAUGCAGUUGAGCAACCAGAUGGAAAUGUGGAAUCAGCUGGAAGUGGGGAAGAAACUUUGACAGCGCCCGCGCCAGCUUCCCGGGUGCGUCGCAAGCAGGCAAUGCCUUUAAUUCGGGCUGAAAGAUUACAGGGGGAGAUCCGUCGACUGCAGGCCACUUCACAGUUUAUGAUACCACGCACGGCAUUCGGUCGUGUCGUGCGUGAAAUUCUGCAAAAGCACACGCGGUAUCAGAAUUCAUUUCGCAUCACGAUGUCGGCACUGCUAGCGCUGCAGACGGCGUCAGAGUUAUAUAUGACGCAGCGCUUCGAGGAUUCCUAUCUGAUGACGUUGCAUCGCAAUCGGGUCACAUUGGAAGUGAGAGAUAUGGCUCUGAUGGCAUUCAUCUGCAAGCUGCAUGGACUACUCUAACGGCUUCCCAGUUAAAUAUUUUU